AUGCAUUUCUCUAUUAUCCCCUUGAUAAUCGCCACCACCUCUCUUGUGGCCGCCGACUCAAUAACAUGGUGGCCCACCUGUGGCACCUGUAACCCCAUCUCAGGCGAGAACGGGUGUGACCCCUCGACCUCGUGCAUCAACACGGGAACAUCCUUCCACUGCGCCUGUCGUGCUGGCUUCAAGGCAUCCGAGUACAAUAGCGAUAUGCACCAUCAGUUCCGCUUACCGAUGCCGAACUAUGAGUUCCUUGUUUUCGUUCCUGAGUACACGGCUUGCAACAUCCCGUGUGAUGAUUUGUACGCUGCUCCUUCCGAUCUUUGCAAGGAGGUGGAGCUUCAAUGGCAGUGCACAGCUUAG